AUGUUUGGUGGAGUUUGUGGUUGUGGUAGUGGUGGUGGUGGAAGAGGUGAAGGUGAAGUUGGUGGUGGUGGUGGUGGUGGUGGUGGUGGUUGUGGUGGUGGAGGUGAAGGUGGAGUUGGUGGUGGUGGUUGUGGUGGUGGUGGUGGUGUGGUUGUGGUGGAGGUGAAGGUGGAGUUGGUGGUGGUGGUUGUGGUAGAGAUGAAGGUGGAUUUGGUGGUGGUGGCGGUGGCGAUGGCGAUGACGGUGGUUGUGGAGGUAAUGAAUGUGGUGGUGUAA